AUGUUUCUGUCUCUUCCUACACUGACCAUCCUUAUCCCACUAAUUUCUCUCCCAGGUCUUUUCUACGCGGCCUCUGUGGAAGAAAACUUCCCACAGGGCUGCGCCAGCUCCACCAGCUUCUGCUUCUACAAUUUGCUCUUACCCAUUACCAUACCAGUGUAUGUGUUCUUCCACCUCUGGACUUGGAUGGGGAUUAAACUCUUCAGGCGUAACUAAGGGAGCCAGAGCCAAGGUGGUGUAUAGAUUCGUGAUAUGUCUAGGGCAUCCAUCUCUGCAAGUUCAACUAGGUGGAAAUGCUGAAGACACAUUGCAUUUGCAGGAAAGAGGCUUUGCCUUGCUUCUCAGGAUUGGGCCUACGAGAGACUUAAGCUGCAGAAGCUUCUUUUAUUGUACUCUAAUUCUGACAGCCCUUGUGUUUUGAAGGUUCUGACAUAAC